UUUGAAUUAUUUACACUUUCAAGACGGCAAGUGUAGGUGGUAAAUGGACGUCAUCUUUAAAUAAUAUCCCGAUACUCAAGUGAGCCUACACGUUACUAGACAGCAGCCGAGUCUCUCUCGAGCUAUACACGAUGUGUUACAUGACGCGCCCGUGGCUACAUCGAAAAUAGGUGACACCCGGAAGUUCGCUUUCAUUACAUAUGGCGGACAAACCUAACAUUCGCAACGGCAGUAAGUGGCUCAGGCAGGGAUUUUAUCACUGACGAGUACAUUCAAGGGCACUAUAUACAUGCGACGUUAAUACCAAGACACAGAUAUGAAACGACGACUCCCCAAAAGCAAAAAAGCUGAGCUCGUGAAACCUCCCAAGACAAAAAAGACGGAGCCCCUCCUGACGGGAGAGGUACUCCAAGACACACUGGGAAAGAAAUGGCGACUGGCAUCUGUGCUGGCUGAAGGCCACGUGGGACCUAUAUACGCAGCAACAUCAGAUGCUGCUGGGUCAGACGCGGAAGAAGACGUCGUGAAAAUAGAAAAUAAAACUAGUGGCCACCUGUUCAAUGAACACGUCGUUUACCAGGGGAUGGGUGUUGCCAAGAUAGCGAAGAAGUGGACUAAGGACAGGGAUCUGACCCACCUCGGAAUCCCUGUUCCCCGGGGGCACGGGACGCAUAGCUACGAGGGUGAGGCUUACAGGUUUCUGGUGUUGCCGCGGCUUGGGACUGACCUUGGCACGAUCCUGGGGACAGGUCGGAUGCUGGCGUUGAAGGACGUAUCGGACAUGGCCGUAGCUCUGAUCGACUGUCUAGAGUUCGUCCACGAACAUGACUACGUGCACGGUGACAUCAAUCCUGCCAACAUCAUCGUCGACGACAGCAAAGGAGACUCUGACAAACAGAAAACGGUGCACCUUGUGGACUACGGCCUGGCCAAGAAGUAUAGGGUAGGCGGCAAGCAUAAGCCGUACGAGGAAAGCAAGUUCCUACCUGACUGCCCCACCUUGUACAUGAGCACUGAUGCCCACAGGGGAGCCGCCCAGUCACGACGUGGCGACCUGGAGAUGUUGGGCUACUGUCUGCUGCAGUGGCUGUGUGGCAGAUUACCUUGGGAGGACAAACUCUCAGACAAAAACUACGUCAGAGAUUCUAAGAUAAAGUACAAAGAGGACAUCACUUCAAACGUACACUCGGACACACUUUCAUCGAUGGAUGACUCACAGGAAAGAGUGGUGUUGUCGUCCUACUUCCAAUGUGUAUCUGGUCUUGACUAUGAGGAGGAGCCCAAGUACGACACUCUGAAGAAACUUCUACAGGAUGGUCUGACUGAGCCAAGGAAACAGAUGACGACAGCUCCUUCUCCAAAAUUGAAGGGCUCUAAAGUCCGACACACAGACUCGGAACCUCCAGACGUUCCCGAUAAAACUAAACCACGUGCAGGCGUGAAAACAACCAAGGCUGGUAAAAGCAAAGCUGCCGGCGCUGCCGAAUCAAAGGAAGCGCAGGUCGCCGGCCCUGUAAUAAGUUCAAACGUGAAAUCUCCAAGGAAAGUUUCCCUUGUUACGAGUAAAACGAAUCCUAAAAUGACAGAGACCGUUAGUAAACCCGUUGUCAAAAGUGGAAGGGGUAGGGGUGACACAGGUGAAAAAUCUAACACGUCUAAACCUUUUCCACAAGAUGGCGUGAAAAAGAGGCUCCCCACGACGAUUACGUUGAAUGUUGGAGGUACAGAGUAUGUGACAUCUUUGAUGACCCUUGACAAGUUCCCGUCCAGACUGGCCUUUAUUGCUAGGGAAGCUGCAGAGCAUCAAGACAUCCCUUUCAUUGAUCGUGAUCCGACAUUAUUCCCUUACAUUCUUAACUUCCUGCGCGACGACGGGCAGACGACUCUCCCAGAGACCGAACAGGACCUGAGGAAACUGCGUCAGGAAGCUCACUACUUUGGCCUUACAAGAUUGACAGACAAGCUCGACAGUCUUUUAUUUGGUCCCUACAGGAAUAUUAGACAUUGAAGUAUUAGUAUACAUGUUCCACACACACACACACACACACACACACACACACACACACACACACACACACCUCUUCCACGGAUACAUCACCCAGUUUUUGUGAAGUUAUUGCCACGCUCGGAGAAACAAUGAAUCCUGAUUAUACUGCUCAGCUUUCCAUUCCCUAGGGAUACUUCAAUAUUUCAUACAACAUUGAUGUUAAUCUUGAUGUUAGCGGGGCGGUCUGGUAGCCUGGUGGUUAAAGCGUUCGCUCGUCACGCCGAAGACCCGGGUUCGAAUCCCGACAUGGGUGCAAUGUCUGGUGUCCCCCGCCGUGAUAUUGCUGGAAUAUUGCUAGAAGCGGCGAAAACACAUACUCACUCACUCACUUGAUGUUAGCGUGCCCAAUGAAAUCGUCCGGAUUAGCGAAUCCUGUUUCCGGUAUAUUGUUAUUGUAUAUUGUCCAUGUAAGUGUUACCAGCAGCUAUCGGAGGAAAAGGGUAUCAUUUGAAAAGGUAGAUGAUACAUGUUGGAGACCGCCUCCGUGGUCUAGUGGUAAAGCGUCCGCCGGGAGAGCGGAAAUUUCGGGGUUUCGAUCCCCGGCCACGUCAUACCAAAAGACGUUAAAAGAUGGUACUUGUUGUUACCCUGUCUUGCGCUCGGCAUUAAGGGGCAAAAACAAGGACUUGUCGGCUCGGAGUCAGUACACUGUGUCUGAGUGGGGUCAUGUUAAACUGCGGCAUGGUAUCUCAGUGGGCUAGCACUAUAAAUCGGCAUCAGUCCUGACUAGUACAAGCAGCCACACACACAGAGACACACACGUGCAUGCACGUCGCUAUAUAAGUGCAAUAAUCUUGGACGCGACCUUAACCCCCAUUUUAUCUCACCUGAUACAUGUUGGAAAUAUGUUGUUGGUCAUCAUCAAGGUCAUCAACAUCAUCAUCAUCAUCCUGAACUACAGUAACAUCUUCAUUUUUAACACAAACUCAUGAAUCACAGCUCUGCGUGUUGACGGCCUGGCUCUCUUCUUAUUUAAUUUUUUAACCUCUUGUCCUGCUACUGCUUAUUCUGUUGCCAUGUAUUUGCCCUCUGAAAUAUUAUUUUUUGUAUCGGAUAUUGUUUUCAUGUUGCUGUAUUACAUAUGAUUGAUGCAAAUCUCAUAGAUUAUGAUCAACAUAGUACGAGCAGAAUUCCCUUUGCCGUGAAACCUAACUGUUCUUCGUGUUCCAUGUUUUUAUUGACUCCUUGUUCACGGAUUUUCAAUAAAUUUUACGAAAAUCUUAA